AUCGAUCCACUUGCACCUGCGUAAACUCCUUCUCCUCCACUUCUGCACAGAGCCUGGAAGUGUUGUGUUAAAGUCGCUUGUGUUAAAUCUGUCUUUCACUAUGUCAAAGUCUGUUAAACUCAAUACCGGGGCUGAUAUGCCCAUCCUCGGACUGGGCACGUGGAAGUCUCCUCCAGGUAAAGUGACAGAAGCUGUGAAGGCAGCCAUCGCUGCAGGUUACAGGCACAUCGAUGGCGCCGCAGUUUACAACAACGAGACUGAGGUCGGAGAGGGAAUUCAAACCAUGAUAAAAGAUGGUGUGGUAAAAAGAGAAGAACUCUUUGUGGUCAGCAAGCUCUGGUGCACCUUUCACGAAAAGGCCUUGGUGAAAGGAGCUUGUCAGAAGACUUUAAGCGACCUGAAUCUGGACUACCUGGAUCUUUACCUGAUUCACUGGCCAAUGGGAUUUAAGUCUGGGUCAGAGCAGUUCCCACUAGACAGCGAAGGUUUGACCAUCGGUGAUGACAGUAGUUUCUUAGACACCUGGGAGGCCAUGGAGGAGUUAGUAGACACUGGGCUGGUCAAGGCCAUUGGCAUCUCCAACUUUAAUCGAGAACAAAUGGAAGCCAUCCUAAAUAAACCAGGACUCAAGUACAAACCUGCCAACAAUCAGGUGGAAUGCCAUCCAUAUCUGACUCAGGAUAAGCUGAUCAGCUACUGUCAAUCCAAAGGCAUUACAGUCACUGCAUACAGUCCUCUGGGUUCUCCAGACAGACCCUGGGCUAAACCUGAAGACCCCUCACUGCUUGAUGACCCAAACAUCAAGGCCAUUGCAGAGAAGCACAAGAAGACGACCGCCCAGGUGCUCAUCCGCUUUCAAAUUCAGAGGAACGUGAUCGUCAUCCCCAAGUCAAUCACACCUCAGCGCAUUCAAGAGAACUUCCAGGUCUUUGAUUUUGAACUGAGCGAGGAGGACAUGAAGACCAUUUUGAGCUUUAACAGGAACUUCAGGGCUUGUCCAAUGCACUGGGGUGUGAAGCACAAAGACUACCCAUUUAAUGCAGAGUAUUAAAAGAAGACCUCUCAAAACAUGCUCGUUGAUGGAAAAAAAUGUUCCCAUUGCUUAUUAUGAAAUGUUCCUCAUUUUAUUUUAUGAAACCUACAGUAUAGUUACUGAUUAACUUUCUGUUACUUUGAAGCGUCUUUACAGUUCAUCCCUGAUAUGUGGUUUUCAUGUUUAGAAUAUAAAGCAAACAGCACUUAAACAUCAAAUUAUUACAAGAACAUUAUUUUAAAAUGUUACAAGUGUGCAUGUGGAAAUGUAGCAAUCCAGUGUCACACAGCAUCAAUCAACCCUGUUUAAAAGAAAAUCGAAUGCACUGGUCAAUUGUUUUAUUGUUUUUAACAAUAUCACAAACUUUGCACUAUUGGUCAAUAUAGGAAGGCAUUGGUCCUGAGGAUAUUUUUUUUUUAAUAUGAAGUAACAUACUCCUUUUUUUCCAUGAUGUGACAACAAAAGCACUUCCGGUUGGCAAGAGCGGCUCUUGUUUACUGUAUUGAUGUAUGCUUUAAAAAAAAAAACCAAAUAAAGCUCUGCAUCAGACA